CUCGUGGGGGAGGAUCGGGGUAAAGGUGAAAGUUGAAAUGUUUUCCUUUUGUUGUCUUUUGUGUUAAGCAGAAGAGUGGAACCCGAUCGAGCAGCAGCGUCUCUUCCCUUUUCCCCGAAUCCUUUUAAAAUUCCCUCCCGAACCUCUUCCCUUCUACCCUUAACACCCUACCCUCCCCCUGAACACAUCUCACGGUACGGUUCAGGUAAGGCUGCCCUAACUACUGCAUUUUCUUUGGAGUGAAGGACAGGGUUAACGGCGCCUGAAUGAGUCUCAGGACCUAGGCCGCAGCAUUCAAAAUUGCGGAUUAUCGUCACUCAUGCUAGUUUGCUAACAUUGUGCUCAUUCUGAUUUGAUAAGUUAGCCAGUUAACGUUAGCUACCUUCCUUUUUAACCAAGCUAGUUCUUGGUUUUAAAAACAACCCAACUAGAAAAUAUGCAGCUUGCAUAAUAUUGAUGUAUCCUCACUCUACUGUACCAAAGGUAUGGACCGUUUCUCAUUCAUUGAUUCAUCAACUUGAGGUUUUUCAACUUAAACUAGUUUAGCUAGCCAAUGUCACUACUAGCCAUACUGUUGGCUAGCUUACUCGCCAUUUCAAGCAGGCAAUUGAUGCUUGCUGGAUAGCUUGGCUUCUUUGGUAUUUUAUUUCCACUAUAGCAAGCAUUCUGGUUUAUAUGCAUGACCAAGAAAUACACACUUAUUUUAAACAAAGUUACUGUAGUAGCUAGCUAGUAACGUUUGCUAGCUAUAUAUAUAUAAACGUUACUAGCUAGCUACUACAGUAACUUUUUUUUAAAUAAGUGUUUUGUAUUUUCCAAGGUGCCAAUAAAUGUAGUUAGCUAGCUAGCUAAUGUUAGCAACUAAGGCUAGUUAGCGUCGCUACACAAGGCUUUUUCGUUCCAAGUUGUUUUACGUUAGCUAAUCAAUAGGCCGUUAACUAGCUAGCUACUAUCUGUCUCUGAACCGGUACACUGCAAUAUGAACGGAGUUAGUGAAUCUUGGGUGUAGUUAAUGAGUCAAGUUAAUCGACGUGAUUCACUGACGAGAUGGCAUCAUCAGACUGGUAUCAAUCUGGUCAGCACACUCAGCAGCUAGUUUCAUUAUUUUCAGCUUAAUCCUCUGUAGAACAGUAGCUAGUACUGGUUGUUGGUUGCCCUCUGUAACUUAACACUUGUUCAUUUAUCUCUCUGGUCCCUCUUGUCUUGCAGACCUGAUACUUUUGAACAACGACUCGACUUCUUGGCCAGUCUAGACUUCAGACACUACAACAGCUAUGGACACCAGUGUGGUUGAAGGAGGGCUCAAUGUCACCCUUACCAUUAGGCUACUUAUGCACGGAAAGGUGAGUGUGAACAGGAGAUGGACGAUAGAGUUAUGACCAUUACACCGUGGUUGUCCCAUUCACAAACCUCAUUCAUUACUGUGAAUAGUCAGCAUAAACCUAAUCUCUUACCACUGUCUUUAGUCGGGCACCAGGGACUAGCAUAACUUAGAUAUAAUGGGCAAAACUACUACAGACAGGUUUCUUUCAGUCUUGGGUAAAGCUAUUGUUAAGUGAAUAUCAAAAACGGAUGGAUUAGUGAUUGUGUUAUUGCUUUUCUUAUCUGCAGGAGGUUGGAAGCAUUAUUGGCAAGGUGAGUGUGCCGUUUUCCUGAUGUUUCUCACUGUGUUCGGCUUUGCACUGUUCAAUCAUGGCUGUGACUGUUGUGUAAACAUCUAGCAGCGUUUAGCAGUGUAGGUAUAUUUCCAUACACUGUAUGGGUUGCACUAAAACAGUCUGUGGGAAGCCAGAAGUUUAAAUAAAAUUUCAUUUCAACUUACAGAGAGGAAUUGGGUCUACAACAGACCCAAGUUUGGAAAGUCAGUUUAAUAAUGCAUUCCUUUAGAUAUUGUCUCAAAUUCCCCCACGUCAUAUCACCAACCAUCCUGCCCAACUGCCCAGUAAUUUGGACUGUUUUUGUGCAACCCAAUACAAUCGGGAGCAACGGUAGUGUAUGUAAAUGCGGCUAGUAAAUAUUGUGGAUCCUGUGCUUUAUCUGCAGAAAGGAGAGUCUGUGAAGAAGAUGAGAGAGGAGGUGAGUUGUCUGUCAUUGCAUUGAGGCCAUAUGGAACUGUUGAAAGGAGUUUGAGAGAAGUAGACAAUUCUAAACAUUUUCCAUGUCUGAUUCUGACUCAUGCUUCAGGGUUGACAGAUUGUGAUUUUAGAACCAAAAUCAGGCCAGCACUGACAGAGCUUUAAUGACUGAAUUCCUAAAUGCAAUUAAAUAUAUGGAGUCUUAAUAUUUUAGCAUUGUAAUAACAAAACAAGUGACUGUCUUGUGCAGAGUGGUGCUCGUAUCAACAUCUCAGAGGGGAACUGCCCAGAGAGGAUCAUCACCCUGGCAGGCCCCACCACCGCCAUCUUUAAAGCCUUCUCCAUGAUCAUCGAGAAGCUGGAGGAGGUUCGAAUGACUCCUAACUACAGAUUUCAAACAGUCAAUGUAUAACGUUUCAAUCAGACUGGAAAUGUAUUACUAUGAAAUUGUAAAGAAAAAAAAAAUUAUGCACCCAUAAACACACCAUUUUGGAGUAAAACUACUUGUAGCAAUUUCUGAUUUUGCAUAGUAAAGAUCCUAUAACAUCUAUAGGACCUAGAUUCUAGGUCUUUGGACUGAUGUCAUCCUGACCAGUGUCUCUUGUCUCCUGCUCUAUUCCCCACAGGACAUCAGCAGCUCAAUGACUAACAGCACGGCCACCAGCAAACCACCAGUCACCCUGCGCAUCGUUGUGCCUGCCAGCCAGUGUGGCUCGCUCAUCGGCAAGGGCGGCUGCAAGAUCAAGGAAAUCAGAGAGGUAAGUACAGAACAGCCAUACAGGAGGCAGUCAUCAUCACAGCUGUGGGUUUCAUGAGAUGUAUUCUAAAGAGAAGUAUUGGCAAUGGAAUUUGAAAAACCCUUAGGAAAUUAUUCCAAAAACCUUUUUUGCCCAUUUGGCCAGUCAAGUUAUGAUUGGAGGAUUCUUGCCCAGAUUCUUCAACACCUAUCGUUGAACCCAAUGAUCCAACCUGUACUGAGACACCAUGGUUCUUUUCACCUAAGAAUAAUGCAUCUUUGUCACUGGGUCACCACAUGACAUUUUAAUAAUAUGUUUAUUCAAAGAACUAGCUGUAUUAUUAUUAUUAUUGUCUGACGAUAUUUUAAAGAGAACUCGGGAACACUAACUGAACACUGUUGACCCUUCUGUCUGUCUCUUUGUAGUCGACAGGAGCUCAGGUACAGGUGGCAGGGGACAUGCUGCCUAACUCCACGGAGCGUGCCAUCACCAUUGCAGGGACCCCCCAGCCCAUCAUUGAGUGUGUCAAGCAGAUCUGUGUCGUCAUGCUUGAGGUAGUAGUAUGGGAACAAUGGCGCACAAUUUUUCUUGAAUUUUCUAUUUCAUCAGGAUUGUCAGGAAUGUUACUUAGCUUCCUAAUUUAUAUCCAUUGUUUUUCUACAUGUCUGCAAAAUAACUGUGUAUGUAUAGUUUCCAGUUCCUAAUAGUUGAUUUGUUUCUCUCUCUCUCUCCUCAGUCUCCGCCUAAGGGUGUAACCAUCCCGUACAGGCCCAAACCCUCAGGCUCUCCUGUGAUCUUUGCAGGUGGUCAGGUAAAUAAACCAACCUAAUUAAUUGGUCUGUAAUUUAUGUAAGUUGUUUUCUAAUUAAGUUUCCCUUCUAAAAUGAUAGCAUUGUCAGUUGUUUUAGGGAAGUUGAAUACCACUGUAUUUUUAAGUCUGUGUUUCUACAUUUCAGUAGAGUAUUAUUCUGCACUGUGCAGAUGUCAGCACCAUUGCCGAUUGGCCAGAAUUUCUAUGUUAGGGGUUAGAAAUCCCCUCCAGUAAUUGUAGAGUAGCUGAGCUGACAGAUGGGUUGAAUGUCAGCUGGAGGGCGCGUGUGCGUUACCCACGUCUAUAUUGUUGUUUUGUGUGUACGUGUUCUUUGUGUGGGUAGGUGUUUGUGUGUUUAGUGUAUAUAUAGUGCCUGUCAUAAGUAUUCACCCCAUUUGGGUUCAUUAUUCAUUCACAUUUUAUUGUUACAAAGUGGGAUUAAAAUUGAUUUCAUUGUCAUGUUUUGUCAACGAUCUACACAAAAUACUCUUGUCAGUGGAAGAAUAUAUAUAUAUAUAUAUUUUUUUUUACCUUGAUUAGAUAAGUAUUCACCCCCUAAGUCAACAAUGCAUGUUAGAAACACCAUUGGCAGCGAUUACAGCUGUGACUCUUCUUGAAUAAAUCUCUUAACAUUUUUUACAUAUUAGUUAUUUAGCAGACGCUCUUAUCCAGAGCGACUUACAGGAGCAAUUAGGGUUAAGUGCCUUGCUUAAGGGCACAUCGACAGAUUUUUCACCUAGUCGGCUCGGGGAUUAGAACCAGCGACCUUUCGGUUACUGGCACAACGCUCUUACCCACUAAGCUACCUGCCGCCCCUUAAGCGCUUUGCACACCCGGAUUGUGCAAUAUUUGCCUAUUAUUAUUUUCAAAAGCUCUGUCAAGUUGUUGGGGGGGAUCAUGGCUAGACAGCAAUUUAAGUCAACCGUAACCUGGCAACUCAGGAACAUUUGACUUCUUGAUAAGCAACUCAAGUGUAGAUUUGACCUUGUGUUGUAGGUUAUUGUCCUGCUGAAAGGGGAAUUAUUUUCCCAGUGUCUGGUGUAAAGCAGACUGAAGCAUGUUUUCCUCUAGGAUGUUGGCUGUGCUUAGCUCCUUCCCGGUUCUUUGCCGAUGUCAAGCAUACCCCCAACAUGGCAGUGAUGUGUUGGAUUUGGGAGGCAGGUAGGCUAGCGGUUAGAGCGUUGGGCCAGUUACUGAAAGGUCGCUGGUUCGAAUCCCGAGCCGACAAAAAUUUGUGCCCAUGAGCAAGGCACUUAACCGUAAUUGCUAAAUGAUUAAAAUGUAGCCUUAAUGUAAAUUUGCCCCAAACAUUAGGCUUUGCAUUUAGGCCAAAGAGUGUAUUCCUUUGUUGUUUUUUCUUCUCAGUAUUACUUUAGUGCCUUGUUGCAUACAGGAUGCAUGUUUUGAAAUAUGAUGUAUAUUUGUAUUAUUUUCUAUUGUACAAUGUUGUUGAUCCAUCCUCAGUUUUCUCCCAUCACAGCCAUUGAACAGGUUCCUUCUUGUCCUGCAGCUCAGUACAGAAGGACGACUGUAUCUUUGAUGUAUCUGGGUGGUUUAAUUACAUAAUCCACAGCAUAAUUAUUAACUUGACCAUGCUUAAAGAUAUAUUAAAUGUAUAAUUUGUUAUUUUUACCCAUCUACCAAUCACUGCCCUUUAUGGGGUUUUCGGGGAAAAACUCAGUUCUUUGUAGUUUAAUCUGUGCUUGAAAUUCAAUGCCUCAAAGUGCAUUUGGAAAGUAUUCAGACCCUUUAACCUUUUCCACAUUUUGUAACGUUACAGCCUUAUUCUAAAAUUGAUUAAAUUGAUUUUUUUUCCAUCAAUCUACACACAAUGCCCCAUAAUGACAAAGCAAAAACAGGUUUAUAGAAAUGUUUGCAAAUGUAUUUUAAAAAAUUAACUGAAAUAUCACAUUUACAUAAGUAUUUAGACCCUUUACUCAGUACUUUGUUGAAGCACCUUUGGCAGCGAUUACAGCCUUGAAUCUUCUUGGGUAUGAUGCUACAAGCUCGGCACACCUGUAUUUGGGGAGUUUCUCCCAUUCUUCUCUGCAGAUCCUCUCAAGCUCUGUCAGAUUGGAUUGGGAGCAGUCCCUGCCACUGAAAAACAUCCCGACAGCAUGAUGCUGCCACCACCAUGCUUUACCGUAGGGAUGGUGCCAGGUUUCCUCCAGACGUGACGCUUGGCAUUCAGGCCAAGGAGUUCCAUCUUGGUUUCAUCAGACCAGAGAAUCUUGUUUCUCAUGGUCUGAGAAUCCUUUAGGUGCCUUUUGGCAAACUCCAAACGGGCUGUCAUGUGGCUUCCGUCUGGGCACUCUACCAUAAAGGCCUGAUUGGUGGAGUGCAGCAGAGAUGGUUGUCCUUCUGGAAGGUUCUCCCAUCUCCACAGAGGAACUCUGGAGCUCUGUCAGAGUGACCAUCGGGUUCUUGGUCACAUCCCUGACCAAGGCCCUUCUCCCCCGAUUGCUCAGUUUGGCCAGGCAGCCAGCUCUAGGAAGAGUCUAGGUGUUUCCAAACUUCUUCCAUUUAAGAAUGAUGGAGGCAACUGUUCUUGGGGACCUUCAAUGCUGCAGAAAUGUUUUGUUACCCUUCCCCAGAUCUGUGCCUCGACACAUUCCAGUCUCGGAGGUCUACGGACAAUUCCUUCGACCUCAUGGCUUGGUUUUUGCUCUGACAUGCACUGUCAACUGUGGGACCUUAUAUAGACAGGUGUGUGCCUUUCCAAAUUAUGUCCAAUCAAUUGAAUUUACCACAUAGCAAUGGGUCUGAAUACUUACAUUUUACAUUUAAGUCAUUUAGCAGACACUCUUAUCCAGAGCGAUUUACAAAUUGGUGCAUUCAACUUAGGUAAAUAAGGUAUUUGUUAUUAUUUAUUUGCAAACAUUUCUAAAACCCUGUUUUUGCUUUGUCAUUAUGGGGUAUUGUGUGUAGAUUGCUGAGGGAAAAAUAUAAUUUAAUCAAUUUUAGAAAAAGUAACAAUAUGGAAAAAAUCAAGGGGUCUGAAUACUUUCCGUAUGUAUGUAUGUAUGUAUGUAUGUAUGUAUGUAUGGGGGACAGAGGAUGGGGUAGUCAUUCAACUCCUCUAUUAUUUCACACAGAGUGAGUCCAUGUAAUUGAUGUGAUUUGUUAAGCCAAAUUUUACUCUUGAACUAUACUGAACAAAAAUAUAAACGCAAUAUGCAACAAUUUCAAAAUGUUUACUGCGUUACAGUUCAUAUAAGGAAAUCAGUCAAUUGAAAUUAAUUAAUUGGGCCCUAAUCUAUGGAUUUCACAUGACUGGGAAUACAGAUAUACAUCUGUUGGUCACAGAUGCCUUAAUAAAAAGGUAGAGUUGUGGAUCAGAAAACCAGUCAGUAUCUGGUGUGACCACCAUUUGCCUCAUGCAGCGUGACACAUCUCCUUCGCAUAAAGUUGAUCAGGCUGUUGAUUGUGGCCUGUUGAAUGUUGUCCCACUCCUUUUCAAUGGCUGUGCAAAGUUGCUGGAUAUUGGCCGGAACUGGAACAUGCUGUCGUACAUGUCGAUCCAGAGCAUCCCAAACAUGCUCAAUGGGUGACAUGUCUGGUGAGUAUGCAGGUCAUGAAAGAACUGGGACAUUUUCAGCUUCCAGGAAUUGUGUACAGAUCCUUGCGACAUGGGGCCAUGCAUUAUAAUGCUGAAACAUGAGGUGAUGGUGGCGGAAGAAUGGCAUGACAAUGACCCUCAGGAUCUCGUUACGGUAUCUGUGUGCAUUCAAAUUGCAAUCAACAAAAUGCAAUUGUGGUUGUUGUCCGUAGCUUAUUCCUGCCCAUACCCUAACCCCACCGCCACCAUGUGGCACUCUGUUCACAACGUUGACAUCAGCAAACCGCUCGCCCACAAGACGCCAUACACGUGGUCUGCAGUUGUGAGGCCGGUUGGACGUACUGCCAAAUUCUCUAAAACGACGUUUGAGGCUGCUUAUGGUAAAGAAAUUAACAUUUAAUUAUCUGGCAGCAGCUCUGGUGGACAUUCCUGCAGUUAGCAUGCCAAUUGCACGAUCCCUCAGAACUUGAGACAUCUGUGGCAUUGUGUGACUGCACAUUAUAGUGGCCUUUCAUUGACCCAAGCACAAGGUGCACCUGUGUAAUGAUCAUGUUGUUUAAUCAGUGUCUUGAUAUGCCACACCUGUCAGGUGGAUGGAUUAUCUUGGCAAUGGAGAAAUGCUCACUAACAGGGAUGUAAACAGAUUUGUGCACACCAUUUGCGAGAAAUACGCUUUUUGUGUGUAUGGAACAUUUCUGGGAUCUUUUAUUACAUUUUAUGAAACAUGGGACCAACACUUUACAUGUUUUGUUCAUAUUUUUGUUCAGUAUAAUUUAGGAAUGCCUAAAUUACUAUUUUAGUUAUUACAUUUUUAUUAGUACAAAUGUGUAGAAUUGUCUUUUCACUUUAACAUUAUGGAAUAUUUUAUGUAGAUCAAUGGCAAUCACAAUGAAAACAAUUUUAAUCCCACUUUGUAACGCAACAAAACGCGGAAAAACAAAUCCAAGGAGGUGACUACUUAUGAUACCUACAUACAGCGUGUUGAUGUAUGAAUUACCCCAUAGCAUUUUUCUCAUUCCAGUCAUCCAAGGACAUAGGUCCCCAGUAUACUACAGCCUGUGUGUGUUUGCGUAUUUGUCUGUGCACGCACAUUCACUUGGUGUGUGUAUGCACGUGCAUGCUCUUUGUUUUCGUUUCCCUCGCACCCUCCUAAGUACUGUUCUCUCAUUGCAGGCAUACGCUGUCCAAGGACAGCACGCCAUUCCACAGCCUGACGUAAGUGAAGGUCAUUCUGUAAGUGAGCCCAUAUAUCUACACAUACAGUCAACCCUCCUGGGUAGCCAUGGCACCCACCCUCUCUCUAUUACACGCUGUACUUUUUGUCCCUCCCCCCAAACCACCCAAGUUCCAUUUUGAGUUUCAAUCAAUUCAUGCACUGCAGUGAUGCAUCGCUAAGGCCUACUGGUAGUUUUAAACACAGUUGGUUGUUUCAAUGAUUAGUUGUUACCAUGUGUUUUGUUUAGUUUCUCUGUACAUCAAUUAUGUUUGAUAGAAAUUCUGAAAUUAGGCUUUGAGUCAUUGAUUUGAUUGUUGAUGUGAUCCUAUGCUAGCCUUCUACUUUCAAUCAAUCCAUUGUUUUGUGUUGAGUUGCUGCAUGUAUGGUAAUCAGCAAAAUUAUUUGACCGCACAAACAGUGGCUUGCGAAAGUAUUCACCCCCCCCUUGGCAUUUUACCUAUUUUGUUGCCUUACAACCUGGAAUUAAAAUAGAUUUUUGGGAGGUUUGUAUCAUUUGAUUUACAUAACAUGGCUACCACUUUAAAGAUGCAAAAUAAAAAAUGUUGUGAAAUAAUACAAAAAAACAGAACUUGAGCGUGCAUAACUAUUCACCCCCCCCCCCUACUUUGUAGAGCCACCUUUUGCAGCAAUUACAGCUGCAAGUCUCUUGGGGUAUGUCUCUAUAAGCUUGGCACAUCUAGCCACUGGGAUUUUUGCCCAUUCUUCAAGGCAAAACUGCUCCAGCUCCUUCAAGUUGGAUGGGUUCCGCUGGUGUACAGCAACCUUUAAGUCAUACCACAGAUUCUCAAUUGGAUUGAGGUCUGGGUUUUGACUAGGCCAUUCCAAGAUAUUUAAAUGUUUCCUCUUAAACCACUCAAGUGUUGCUUUAGCAGUAUGCUUAGGGUCAUUGUCCUGCUGGAAGGUGAACCUUCAUCCCAGUCUCAAAUCUCUGGAAGACUGAAACAGGUUUCCCUCAAGAAUUUCCCUGUAUUUAGCGCCAUCCAUCAUUCCUUCAAUUCUGACCAGUUUCCCAGUCCCUGCCAAUGGAAAAACAUCCCCACAGCAUGAUGCUGCCACCACCAUGCUUCACUGUGGGGAUGGUGUUCUCGGGGUGAUGAGAGGUGUUGGGUUUGCGCCAGACAUAGCGUUUUCCUUGAUGGCCAAAAAGCUCAAUUUUAGUCUCAUCUGACCAGAGUACCUUCUUCCAUAUGUUUGGGGGAGUAUCCCACAUACCUUUUGGCGAACACCAAACGUGUUAGAUUAUUUUUCUCUUUAAGCAAUGGAUUUUUUCUGGCCACUCUUCCAUAAAGCCCAGCUCUGUGGAGUGUACGGCUUAAAGUGGUCCUAUGGACAGAUACUCCAAUCUCCGCUGUGGAGCUUUGCAGAUCAUUCAGGGUUAUCUUUGGUCUCUUUGUUGCCUCUAUGAUUAAUGCCCUCCUUGCCUGGUCCGUGAGUUUUGGUGGGCGGCCCUCUCUUGGCAGGUUUGUUGUGGUGCCAUAUUCUUUCCAUUUUUAAUAAUGGAUUUAAUGGUGCUCCGUGGGAUGUUCAAAGUUUCUGAUAUUUUUACUUACAUUUUUACAUUUUACUUCUCCACAACUUUGACCCUGACCUGUUUGGAGAGCUCCUUGGUCUUCAUGGUGCCCCUUGCUUAGUGGUGUUGCAGACUCUGGGGCCUUUCAGAACAGGUGUGUGUGUGUAUAAUAAUAAUAAUAAUAAUAAUAAUAUGCCAUUUAGCAGACUCUUUUAUCCAAAGCGACUUACAGUCAUGCGUGCAUAAAUUUUUUUGUGUAUGGGUGGUCCCGGGGAUCGAACCCACUACCUUGGCGUUACAAGCGCCGUGCUCUACCAGCUGAGCUACAGAGGACCACCUGUGUGUGUGUGUGUGUGUGUGUGUGUGUAUAUAUGUAUAUGUGUGUGUGUAUAUAUAUAUAUAUAUAUAUCACACACACAGAGAUCAUGUGAUACUUAGAUUGCACACAGGUGGACUUUAUUUAACUAAUUAUGUGACUUCUGAAGGUAAUUGAUUGUACCAGAUAUUAUUUAGGGGCUUCAUAGCAAAGGGGGUGAAUACAUAUGCACGCCCCACUUUUCCGUUAUUUAUUUUCAUUUCACUUCACCAAAUUUGACUAUUUUGUGUAUGUCCAUUACAAGGAAACCAAAUAAAAAUCCAUUUAAAUUACAGGUUGUAAUGCAACAAAAUGGGGAAAAAAACGGCAAGGGGGAUGAAUACUUUUGCAAGGCACUGUCCUCCCGAAUGGCGCAAUAUUCAUAUUUUCUUUGGUAUUUUAUUAGGAUCCCCAUUAGCUGUUGCAAAAGCAGCAGCUACUCUCCCUGAGGUACACACGAAACAUGACAUAAUACAGAACAUUAAUAGACAAAAACAGCUCAAGGACAGAACUACAUACAUUUAAAAAAGGCACAAGUAGCCUACAUGUCAAUACAUACACACAAACUAUCUCGGUCAAAUAGAGGAGAGGCGUUGCGCCGUGAGGUGUUGCAUUAUGUUUUUUGAAACCAGGUUUGCUGUUCAUUUGAGCAAUAUGAGGUGGAACGGAGUUCCAUGCAAUAAUGGCUCUAUAUAAUACUGUACGCUUUCUUGAAUUUGUUCUGGAUUUGGGGACUGUGAAAAGACCCCUGGUGGCAUGUCUGGUGGGGUAUGUGUGUGUGUGUGUGUCAGAGCUGUGGGUAUGUUGACUAUGCAAUCAAUUUGGGAUUUUCAACACAUUAAUGUUUCUUUAUAAAAAGAAGUGAUGCAGUCAGUCUCUCAACUCUUAGCCAUAGUAUUUAUUUAUAUCAACCCUCUGAUUACAAUGAAGAGCAAGACGUGCCGCUCUGUUCUGGGCCAGCUGCAGCUUAACUAGGUCUUUCCUUGCAGCACUCGACUGGACAAAUAAUAAAGAUAAGAGAGAACUAGAGCCUGCAGGACUUUCUUUUUGGAGUGUGGUGUCAAAAAAGCAGAGCAUUUCUUUAUUACGGACAGACCUCUCCCCAUCUUUACCGUCAUUGAAUCUAUAUGUUUUGACCAUGACAGUUUACCAUCUAAGGUAACACUAAGUAAUUUAGUCUCCUCAACUUGUUCAACAGCCACACCAUCCAUUACCAGAGUCAGCUGAGGUCUAGAACUUAGGGAAUGAUUUGUACAAAAUACAAUGCUCUUAGUUUUAGAAAAGUUCAGGACCAGUUUAUUACUGGCCACCCAUUCCAAAACAGACUAACUCUUUGUUAAGGGUUUCAGUGACUUCAUUAGCUGUGGUUGCUGAUGUGUAGAUGGUUGAAUCAUCAGCAUACAUGGACACACAUGCUUUGUUUAAUGCUGGUGGCAUGUCAUUGGUAAAAAAUAGAAAACAGUACAGGGCCUAGAGCGCUGUUCUGUGGUAUGCCACACUUUACAUGUUUGACAUUAGAGAAGCUUUCAUUAACGAACACCCUCUGAGUUCCAUUAGUUUGCUAUAUUGUGGAUUCAGCGCGUAGGUUGAAAAGCCAUAACACAACAGUUAUGGUCAAUAAUAUCAAAGGCUGCACUGAAAUCUAACAGUACAGCCCCCACAAUCUUAUCAAUUUCUUUCAACCAAUCAUGAGUCAUUUGUGUCAGUGCAGUACAUGUUAAGUGCCCUUCUCUAUAAGCAUGCUGAAAAUCUGUUCAUUUGUUUACAGAGAAAUAUCAUUGUAUUUGGUCGAACACCAUUUUUCCCAACAGUUUGCUAAGAGCUGGCAGCAAACUGAUAGGUCUGCUGUUAGAACCAGUAAAGGCCCUUUACCACUCUUGGGUACCGGAAUUCCUUUGGCUUCCCUCCAGGCCUGAGGACAAAGACUUUCCUCUAGGCUCAAAUUAAAGAUAUGACAGAUAGGAGUGGCUAUAGAGUCAGCUACCAUCCUCAGUAGCUUUCCAUAUCUAAGUUGUCAAUGCCAGGAGGUUUGUCAUUAUUGAUCAAUAACAAUUCUUCCACCUCUCCCAUACUAACUUUACAAAAUUCAAACUUGCAAUGCUUUUCUUUCAUUUUGUAUUUUUUCUGCAUGAGUACGGUGGCUCACUGUUCGUUGUUGGCAUUUCCUGCCAAAGUUUGCCCACACUGCCAAUGAAGUAAUCAUUAAAAUCAUUGGUAAACAUCAGAUGGUUUUGUGAUGAAUAAGCCAUCUGAUUCAAUGAAAGAUGGAGUUGAAUUUGUCUUUCUGCCGAUAAUUUCAUUUAAAGUACACCAACGUAUUUUUCCAUCAUUCUUUAUAUCAUUGAUCUUGGCUUCAUAAUCUGGUUUCUUCUUUUUGUUGAGUUUAGUCACAUCUCUCAAUUUGCAGUAAGUCAGCCAAUCAGAUGUGCAGCCAGACUUAUUAGCCACUCCUUUUGCCCCGUCUCUUUCAACCGUACAGUUAUUCAAUUCCUCAUCAAUCCAUGGAGCCUUAACAGUUCUAACAGUCAGUUUCUUAACAGGUGCAUUUUUAUCAAUAAUUGGAAGAAGCAAUUUCAUAAAUUCAUCAAGUGCAGUGUCUGGAUGCUCCUUAUUAAUCACAUAAGACCAACAAAUAUUUUUAACAUCAUCCACAUAAGUCACAGCAAAAUCUUUUGUAUGAUCUCUUAUACACUAUUUUAGGCCCAGCUUUUGGAACUUUGGCUUUCCUGGAUAUAGCCACUAUAUUGUGAUCACUGCAUCCAAUUGGCACAGACACAGCUUUAGAACAAAGUUCUACAGUAUUAGUAAACGUGAUCAAUACAUGUGGAUGAGCUUGUUCCUGUAGUGUUUGUAAACACCCUGGUAGGUUGAUUUUUAAUAACCUGAACCAGAUUAUAGGCACUGGUUUGACAGCUUGAUGAAAACCAGUCAAUAUUCAGGUCCCGAAGAAAGUAGACUGCUCUGUUUACAUCACAUACACUAUCAAGCAUUUCAUACAUAUUAUUUAGAUACUCACUGUUAGCACUUGGUGGCCUAUAGCAACACCCCAAAAGAAAAGGCUUUAGAUGUGCCAAGUGAACCUGCAACCACAACACUUCAAUAACACUUGACAUAAGAUCUUCUUUAAGCAUUACAGGGAUAUGGCUCUGAAUAUAUCCAGCAACACAUGUCCCUUAAGCAUUUCUGUCUCUUCUAUAGAUGUUAUAUCCUUGUAUUGCUACUGCUGUAUCAUCAAAUGAAUUAUCUAAGUGAGUCUCAGAAAUUGCUAAUAUAUUUACAUUUUAGUCAUUUAGCAGACGCUCUUAUCCAGAGCGACUUACAGUUAGUGAGUGCAUACAUUUUCAUACUGGCCCCCCGUGAGAAACGAACCCACAACCCUGGCAUUGCAAGCGCCAUGCUCUACCAACUGAGCUACAGGGGAUAUAUGAAGGUUAUCUGACGUUAGCAAGUUAUUGAUUUCAUGAACCUUAUUUCUAAGGCUACAUAUUUUAAUAUGAGCUAUUUUCAGCCUUUUCCUGGGUAGCUUAUCAGACAGACAUAAUAUGGAAAAGAGCAGUCGGAAAGUAUUCAGACCCCUUGACUUUUUCCACACUUUGUUACAGCCUUAUUCUAAAGUGGGUGAGAAAAUAAAUUCCCCUCAGUAAUCUACACGCUACCCCAUAAUGAUACAGAAAAAACAGGUUUUUAGAAAUGUUUGCAAAUUUUAUAAAAAUAUAUAAAUGAUGAAAUAUCAUAUUUACAUAAGUAUUCAAACCCUUUACUCAGUACUUUGUUGAAGCACCUUUGGCAGCAAUUACAACCUUGAGUCUUCUUGGGUAUGACACUACAAGCUUGGCACACCUGUAUGUGGGGAGUUUCUCCCAUUCUUCUCUGCAGAUCCUCUCAAGCUCUGUCAGGUUGGAUGGGGAGCGUCGCUGCACAGCUAUUUUCAGGUCUCUCCAGAGAUGUUCGAUCGGGUUCAAGUCCGGGCUCUGGCUGGGCCACUCAAGGACAUUCAGAGACUUCCCCCAAAGCCACUCCUGAGUUGUCUUGGCUGUGUGCCUAGGGUCGUUGUAUUGUUGGAAGGUGAACCUUCGCCCCAGUCUGAGGUCCUGAGUGCUCUAGAGCAGGUUUUCAUCAAGGAUCGCUCUGUACUUUGCUCUGUUCAUCUUUCACUUGAUCCUGACUAGUCUCCCAGUCCCUGCUACUGAUAAACAUCCCCACAGCAUGAUGCUGCCACCACCAUGCUUCUCCAUAGGGAUUGUGCCAGGUUUCCUCUAGAUGUGACAGUUGGCAUUCAGGCCAAAGAGUUCAAUCUGGGUUUCAUCAGACCAGAGAAUCUUGUUACCAUAAAGGCCUUAUUGGUGGAGUGCUGCAGAGAUGGUUGUCCUUCUGGAAGGUUCUCCCAUCUCCACAGAGGAACUCUGGAGCUCUGUCAGAGUGACCAUUGGGUUCUUGGUCACCUCCCUGACCAAGGCCCUUCUCCCCGAUUGCUCAGUUUGGCUGGGUCGGCCAGCUCUAGGAAGUCUUGGUGGUUCCAAACUUCAUCCAUUUAAGAAUGAUUGAGGCCACCGUGUUCUUGGGGAUCUUCAAUGCUGCAGACAUUUUUUAGUACCCUUCCUCAGAUCUGUGCCUCGACAUAAUCCUGUCUCAGAGCUUUACGGACAUUUCCUUUGACCUCAUGACUUGGUUUUUGCUCUGACAUGCACUGUCAACUGUGGUGCCUUUUCAAAUCAUGUCCAAUCAAUUGAAUUUACCACAGGUGGACUCCAAGUUGUAGAAACAUCUCGAGGAUGAUCAAUGGAAACAGGAUGCACCUGAGCUCAAUUUCGAGUCUCAUAGCAAAGGCUCUGAAUAUUUAUUUAUUUAUUUGUAAUAAUUUCUAAACCUGUUUUUGCUUUGUCAUUAUGGGGUAUUGUGUGUAGAUUGAGGGGGGGAAAAGUAUUUAAUCCAUUUUAGAAUAAGUCUGUAACGUAACAAUGAGGAAAAGGUCAAGGGAUCUAAAUACUUUCCGAAUGCACUCUAUGUGCAUCCCUGCAUGUGUGUGUGUGUGUGUACUCACUCACCGGCAAGUUUAUUAGGUACACCCAUCUAGUACCGGGUCGGUCCCCCCUUUGCCCUCAGAACAGCUGGAAUUCUUUGGGGCAUUUUACAAGGUGUCGGACAUGUUCCACAGGGAUGUUGUGUGUGUAUAUACAGUAUUUUCCAAGAUGCUCUAUUGGGUUGAGGUCUGGGGACUGCGCAGGCCACUCAAGUAAACUGAACUCACUUUCAUGUUCCAGGCGACGGUUUUCCACUCCUCAGUUGUCCGUUGUUGGUGAUCGCGUGCCCACUGGAGCCGCUUCUUCUUGUUCUUGUCCGUGACAAGGAUAGACUAGUUAAGCAUUCCGAGAUGCAUUUCUGCACACCACUUGUGCUGCGCCGUUAUUUGUUUGUUUGUAGCCUGCCUAUUAGCUUGCAGGGUUCUUGCCAUUCUCCUUCGACCUGUCUCAUCAACAAGCUGUUUUCGCCCGGAGGACUGAUGCUGACUGGAUGUUUGUCGCACCAUUCUCCGUAAACCCUAGACAUUGUCGUGCGUGAAAAGCCAUGUGAUUCACUGUCUGUAGGAGCGAUACAUAUUUGUGAACUGUGUGUGUGUGUGUGUGUGUGUGUGUGUGUGUAAAAAUAAAGAAAAACCCUUGAAUGAGUAGGUGUGUCCAAACUUUCGACUGGUAGUGUAUCUGUGUGUGUACAGUGGGGGGAAAAAAGUAUUUAGUCAGCCACCAAUUGUGCAAGUUCUCCCACUUAAAAAGAUGAGAGAGGCCUGUAAUUUUCAUCAUAGGUACACGUCAACUAUGACAGACAAAAUGAGAAAAAAAAAUCCAGAAAAUCACUGUAGGAUUUUUAAUGAAUUUAUUUGCAAAUUAUGGUGGAAAAUAAGUAUUUGGUCAAUAACAAAAGUUUCUCAAUACUUUGUUAUAUACCCUUUGUUGGCAAUGACACAGGUCAAACAUUUUCUGUAAGUCUUUACAAGGUUUUCACACACUGUUGCUGGUAUUUUGGCCCAUUCCUCCAUGCAGAUCUCCUCUAGAGCAGUGAUGUUUUGGGGCUGUCGCUGGGCAACACAGACUUUCAACUCCAUCCAAAGAUUUUCUAUGGGGUUGAGAUCUGGAGACUGGCUAGGCCACUCCAGGACCUUGAAAUGCUUCUUACGAAGCCACUCCUUCGUUGCCCGGGCGGUGUGUUUGGGAUCAUUGUCAUGCUGAAAGACCCAGCCACGUUUCAUCUUCAAUGCCCUUGCUGAUGGAAGGAGAUUUUCACUCAAAAUCUCACGAUACAUGGCCCCAUUCAUUCUUUCCUUUACACGGAUCAGUCGUCCUGGUCCCUUUGCAGAAAAACAGCCCCAAAGCAUGAUGUUUCCACCCCCAUGCUUCACAGUAGGUAUGGUGUUCUUUGGAUGCAACUCAGCAUUCUUUGUCCUCCAAACACGAUGAGUUGAGUUUUUACCAAAAGGUUCUACUUUGGUUUCAUCUGACCAUAUGACAUUCUCCCAAUCCUCUUCUGGAUCAUCCAAAUGCACUCUAGCAAACUUCAGACGGGCCUGGACAUGUACUGGCUUAAGCAGGGGGACACGUCUGGCACUGCAGGAUUUGAGUCCCUGGCGGCGUAGUGUGUUACUGAUGAUAGGCUUUGUUACUUUGGUCCUAGCUCUCUGCAGGUCAUUCACUAGGUCCCCCCGUGUGGUUCUGGGAUUUUUUUUUUUUUCUUGUGAUCAUUUUGACCCCACGGGGUGAGAUCUUGCGUGGAGCCCCAGAUCGAGGGAGAUUAUCAGUGGUCUUGUAUGUCUUCCAUUUCCUAAUAAUUGCUCCCACAGUUGAUUUCUUCAAACCAAGCUGCUUACCUAUUGCAGAUUCAGUCUUCCCAACCUGGUGCAGGUCUACAAUUUUGUUUCUGGUGUCCUUUGACAGCUCUUUGGUCUUGGCCAUAGUGGAGUUUGGAGUGUGACUGUUUGAGGUUGUGGACAGGUGUCUUUUAUACUGAUAACAAGUUCAAACAGGUGCCAUUAAUACAGGUAACGAGUGGAGGACAGAGGAGCCUCUUAAAGAAGAAGUUACAGGUCUGUGAGAGCCAGAAAUCUUGCUUGUUUGUAGGUGACCAAAUACUUAUUUUCCACCAUAAUUUGCUAAUAAAUUCAUAAAAAAUCCUACAAUGUGAUUUUCUGGAUUUUUUUUCUCAAUUUGUCUGUCAUAGUCGACGUGUACCUAUGAUGAAAAUUACAGACCUCAUCUUUUUAAGUGGGAGAACUUGCACAAUUGGUGGCUGACUAAAUACUUUUUUCCCCCACUGUAUGUGUGUAUGUGUGUAUAUGUGUGUGUGUGUAUGUAUAUAUAUAUAUAUUUUGGACACACCUACUCAUUCAAAGGUUUUUCUUUUUUUUACUUUUUUUUUUACAUUGUAGAAUAAUAGUGAAGACAUCAAAACUAUGAAAUAACACAGGGAAUCAUGUAGUGACCAAAGAAGUGUUAAACAAAUCAAAAUACAUUUUAUAUUUGAGAUUCUUCAAAUAGCCACCCUUUGCCUUGAUGACUACAUGAUUCCCUGUGUGUUAUUUCAUAGUUUGGAUGUCUUCACUAUUAUUCUACAAUGUAAAAAUAAAGAAAAACCCUUGAAUGAGUAGGUGUGUCCAAACUUUUCACUGGUAGUGUGUGUGUGUGUGUGUGUGUGUAUAUGUGUGUGUAUAUGUAUAUAUAUAUAUAUAUAUAAAAUUGUGCUGAUCAUAGCCCUGUGUAUCUGCUGGCUUAUGGUUGCUGUCUCUCCUUUCAUUCUCCCCUCUCUCUCUCCACCUCGCCCUCUCUGUCCAUCUCUCACUCUUCCGCUCCACCUUUCCAUCUCUCUCUAUCCAUCUUUCUCUCCACAGCUUACCAAACUCCACCAGCUGGCCAUGCAGCAGAGCCCUUUCCCCAUCGCUCCCAACAACCAGGGUUUCCAGGGUAGGUCACAGAGGAAGGAUGGAGACGUGAAGCAUUUCAUUGACAUGUUAGUUUGUACGGUGCAUUGUUUGCUUUGUAGGUACUGAGUGUUUUUCUCUCUUUAGCUGGCAUGGAUGCUUCUGCACAAACUGGCUCCCAUGAGCUGACCAUUCCAAACGAUGUAAGUGUCCCCGUCCACCCUUGAAUUCUCUUACCUGUUCUCGAUACUUCAGCCGAAGUUUCAUGUAAUUAAUUCUGCCAUUUUUUUUUUUCUAAUAUACUUCUAAUAUAUUUCUAGUAGAAACAUGUUUUAAAUCAAACUUCCAUUUUACAGUGCAUUCGGAAAGUAUUCAGACCUAUUGCUAUGUGGUAAAUUAAAUUGAUUGGACAUGAUUUGGAAACCCACACACCUGUCUAUAUAAGGUCCCACAGUUGACAGUGCAUGUCAGAGCAAAAACCAAGCCAUGAGGUCGAAGAAAUUGUCCGUAGAACUCCGAGACAGGAUUGUGUCGAGGCACAGAUCUGGGGAAAGGUACCAGAAAAUGUCUACAGCAUUGAAGGUCCCCAAGAACACACUGGUCUCCAUCAUUCUUAAAUGGAAGAAGUUUGGAACCACCAAGACUCUUCCUAGAGCUGGUCGCCCCACCAAACUGAGCAAUCAGGGGAGAAGGGCCUUGGUCAGUUAAGUCAAAAUGUUCUAUGAUGAAAGUAUUACACAAGUCAUACAAAAAAAAAACAUAAACAUCAGUUAAUUUAUUUGACAUCUGAUGGUCACUCUGACAGAGCUCCAGAGUUCCUCUGUGGAGAUGGGAGAACCUUCCAGAAGGACAACCAUCUCUGCAGCACUCCACCAAUCAGGCCUUUAUGGUAGAGUGGCCAGACGGAAGCCACUCUUUAGUAAAAGGCACAUGAGCGCCCGCUUGGAGUUUGCCAAAAGGCACCUAAAGGAGUCUCAGACCAUGAGAAACAAGAUUAUCUGGUCUGAUGAAACCAAGAUUUAACUCUUUGGCUUGAUUGCCAAGUGUCACAUCUGGAGGAAACCUGGCACCAUCCCUACGGUGAAGCAUGGUGGUGGCAGCAUCAUGCUGUGGGGAUUUUUUUCAGCGGCAGGGACUGGGAGACUAGUCAGGAUCGAGGGAAAGAUGAACGGAGCAAAGUACAGAGCGAUACUUGAUGAAAACCUGCUCCAGAGCGCACAGGACCUCAGACUGGGGCGAAGGUUCACCUUCCAACAGGACAACGACCCUAAGCACACAGCCAAAACAACGCAGGAGUGGCUUCGGGACAAGUCUCUGAAUGUCCUUGUGUGGUUCAGCCAGAGCCCAGACGUGAACCCGAUCGAACAUCUCUGGAGAGACCUGAAAAUAGCUGUGCAGCGACACUCCCCAUCCAACCUGACAGCUUGAGAGGAUCUGCAGAGAAGAAUGGGAGAAACUCCCCAAAUACAGGUGUUCCAAGCUUGUAGCGUCAUACCCAAGAAGACCCAAGGCUGUAAUCGCUGCCAAAGGUGCUUCAACAAAGUACUGAGUAAAGGGUCUAAAUACUUAUGUAAAUGUGAUAAUUCCGUGUUUAAUUUUUUAUACAUUUGCAACAAUUUCUACAAACCUGUUUUUGCUUUGUCAUUAUGGGGUAUUGUGUGUAGAUUGAGCAACAUUUUUUAUUUAAUAAAUUUUAGAACAAGGCUGUAACUUAACAAAAUGUGGAAAAGGUGAAGGGGUCUGAAUACUUACCGAAUGCACUGUAUCUCUUGAAGAGUGGUUGUACUGUCUUCUAUUCUCUGACUCACUCUCUCUUCCCCGCCUUGCCUCAGUUGAUUGGCUGCAUCAUUGGCCGUCAGGGGGCUAAGAUCAAUGAGAUCCGUCAGAUGUCUGGGGCUCAGAUCAAGAUCGCCAACCAAGUGGAGGGCUCCUCUGACAGGCAGGUGACCAUCACCGGCUCCCCUGCCGGCAUCAGCCUGGCUGAGUACCUGAUCAACGCCAGGUAAGGGACAACAUGCUGGAACUACUGAUAUGCCAAGUCAUGGUUCAGAAUAAGAGGACUAGACUUGUAUGACUGGGAAAUCAAAGCAGCUUGUAUUCAAAGGUUAGUUUUGUUUUGAUUCACCUCUUGUUUGUUGUGUUGCUGUAGGCUGUCCUCUGAAGCUACUGGACUGGCAGCGAACUGA